CACGACGUCGUAUUCGAAAAGAGGUAGAAAAGGUCGUCUUCCCCGAAUCACAAGCGCCCCCAAGUCUCGCCCACUUUCUCCUCUAAAUCCACACUCCCGGCUAACGGCUUAGGGUUUCUGAUCCAAACCGAAACGCAGCCAUGGCUAUGCAAAUUGGUCUUAGCAGGGUCCUUCUCAUAGCUGGAGCAGGUUACACUAGCUCCAUCCUCGUUAGGAACGGCAAAUUCUCCGACGUGAUCGCUGAGCUUCAGGCUUUGUUGAAUGGAUCAGGAGAGCAAUCAGAAGGUGAUUCUGAUAAGAUUGCAUCGCAGAUGUAUAACCGAUUGCUGGAUGAGAUACGCUCUGCACGACAAACAGUUGUACUGAAUGCUAAUGGGGGUGGCCAAGGUAACUUGACAUCACUUAUAGUGCCAGCUGCUACCUUGGGGGCAGUGGGUUACGGUUACAUGUGGUGGAAGGGUCUUAAAUUCUCGGAUCUCAUGUAUGUGACAAAGCGUAAUAUGACUGCUGCUGUUACAAACUUGACAAAAAGUCUGGAUACUGUAAAAGAAGCUGUUGUCAACACGAAGAAGCACCUGACACAGAGAAUCCAGAAUUUGGAUGAUAAAGUGCUGGAACAAAAUGAUCUCUCAAAGUCAAUUAAGAAUGAUGUUGCUGGAGUUCAACAUUCUCUCACUGAUCUGGACUUUAACUUGAGUCAACUGCAGAGCUUGGUCUCUGGUCUGGAUUGGAAGAUAUGUUCUCUUGAAGAAAAGCAGGAUUUCGCAAAUAUGGGUGUUGCUUACCUUUGCAACUUUGUUAGCGGGAAAAAAGUUGAAAUGCCUGGAGCUCUUCAGAAGCAGCUUAAAAAUUCUGAUAAUGCACGGGGUGGCCGAUUACUCUCAUAUUCAGAACCAAGCAUAAUGGGGCUUAAAGAAAUUGCGGAUACUGUGUCCGCCCGUUUGAAUAGUGAUGGUAUCGUGCAAGAUGAUAUUCCCAAGUUGGAAGAGCCUCCAAGGAACCUGCUAAGGUCGGUGUCAACCAAGUGUUGAUUGUAGCAUUCUAAACAAGAUAGCUUCUUAGCCAUGUGGCUACUGCAGCGGCUUAUGUAGGUUCUACAUUCAAGUUUGAAUGUAUACAAUCUCAGUUCUCACUUAUUUUAUUUUUUCGAAGCUUCGGAUUAUGGUGAGAAUGAAGUAAAUAUUACUUUGGAGCUUAUGACAUUAUUUUGUCAGCUGAACUAGAUGAAAGUAUACUGUUGAACUGAUUGUGUGAGAUGCCAUUAUAAGGCUGAAGUAAUGGUAUUGAUAUUUCUUUUUCCUUUUUGAUCA